CACAGCAACAACCCUUCAACAGAAGACAUCAGGCAGCCAUCUGCAAUCUAGAGGACAUCAGCCAGCCAUCUACAAUCUAGAGGACAUAAAACAGCCAUCUACGAUCUCUCUGUGUGUAGCUAUGAGGGGAGUUAUCCUUCUCUUUCUGCUGUCUCUCUGGCCUGGAGGCAAGGUGGAUGCUAUCAAUGCAGAUGUCUUGGCUAAUGUGGUACAAGAGAUGAGAAGGUUCGGCCUGGGGGGACGCCAGUAUGCCAUGGCCGUCUUACUCACCCAGCAGCAGUGCACCCAAAAUAGAGCGAUCUUUGAUGUAGGGGUGCAACCUCAGGAUGUCCAGGACAAACUUAAUGGUAACAAUGUCUACACAGGAAACCGGCUCAUCGCAGCCACACCUCUUAGAAUAGUCCAGGCUGGCAGACCUCCUAAAACAGACCAUGCUGAGUACCGUCUCUUGGGUGGUGGUAACAACAGCCCAAUGCGGGCACUAAUAAACAAUGCUGGUCGUAAUGCUGCUGACUGCAUCGUCUUCUUCUCCACCUACUCUCCCUGCCUGGAAAAAUGCAACAACCCUAGAGGACAAAACAAUAUUCUUCCCUUCAUGGAAGUCUUUAACGGCUUUGACAACAACCGGAAGGCCUUUGUCUUCUCCUCGGUUUGGGACCCUUCAAGGAACCAUCCAGGAGUGACCAACCCCGCUAGGCAGUGGGUGUUGGAGUCAUUCAAGAGAAUAGAUAGAUACCUCCCUGUAUAUCGUUGUGACAGAAACGGAUGUUACCAUUGUGUCGAUAAUACUGAUCCUCAGACAAAUCAAUGUCUGAAUGGAUACACAUAGUAUACACUGUCUGUAUGGAAACGAAUUGUGUACACUGUCUCAAUGGUGGAAUUAUAGAACUGUAUAUUUUCUUUCUCUCUCUCUGUCCCUCCCCUUCUCUCUGUCAAUCUCUCUCUCUGUCCACCUUUCUCUCUGUCCACCCCUCUCUCUCUGUCCAUCCCUCUCUCUCUGUCCAUCCCUCUCUCUCUGUCCAUCCCUCUCUCUGUCCAUCCCUCUCUCUCUGUCCAUCCCUCUCUCUCUGUCCA